CACGCCCAAAAAAGCACGGAUCCAGGCCAUUGCUAAUUGUUUUAAUCUCGAUUCAAUUCCCUACUAUAUAAACAAUCUUUUAGUUGCUAGCUAUUUUUUUUUGGUGGCGUUAAUUAACUUUGAAAUGGGAGCACCUUUGUUGCGGUCUUGAUUUGAUUUUUUCAGUGGGUGCCCGCCCACCGCAGCCUGGGCUCGAGUUACACGCAUGCGCCCCUCGCCUGGCUUAUAAGAAGGAGGCCCUGGGGAGCUCCUCGUCGCUUUGGCCCCCAUCUCUCUCCGCACGAGCACCCUUUCCGCACCAGAGCGCGAAUUAGAUAACAGACUUUUGUUGCUCAGAGACUCUUAGCAAGCAUGGCAGAAGCCUCGGGGGAUGCCGACUCCAUUGCGAGUUUCGAGGACAUUACUGCUUCGUCACAGGACCUUGUCCGCAGUUUGUCGCGAACGAAGCCAGACAGUGACGAUAGUGUGGCUCCCAAGAUUCUCUAUGUCUUGCAGUACUUGAUGGAUGGAAAGGUUGUCGACACACACAAGAGCGACAAGCCGUUCGAUGAGAUUGACAAUCCCAAUGCGGCUCAACACGGGAAGGACAAGCCCAUCAUCGAGAUCAUGACAAAGGUCAAGCCGCAGGGUAGUCAGAGCUCUUACGAUGCUUACAGGCGUCACUCAUACCAGGACGAGCAAUACGAGUUCGAUUACCCGAGCAAGUCCAGGGUGACACACAUGAUAAUUCACUCGGCCCUUCUGAAGGGCGCCCUGUGUGCCGUCGUGGGAUACUGGCCUGGCGCCGACUUCAUGGCCAAACGCGUAGUGAUCCAGGCCCCCUACGCCAUCCUGCUCCACCACCGCGCCGCCCUCGCCCGCUUCAGGGAUGCGCAGCCGGCGAGCCACUCCCCCGAACAGGUUGCGGAGACGUCGAUGCACAUCGACGUCCUCCUGGGCUUCCUUGCCGACACUCUCGACCCAAAGAUCCGCGAGGAGAAUCUGCGUCAUGAGAAGGACCAGUCUUGCGCCACCUUUGACUGCCUGUGGCUUCUCUACCGACCGGGCGAGGUGGGCUAUAUCAAGAUCAACGGCGGCUGGAUCCCAAAUAUCAUAUCGCGCGUCCGGCUCGGCGGCGACGGCCAAGAGCGACACCCGGACGAGAGGAAGCCCUGGGCCAUCGAGUCCUGGAACCUAAGGUAUGAGGACGGGCGAAUCCAGCGCAACGCCACGACCACGUAUAUUCGCGUGUACGCAGGCGAGCAGGCCAUCAGCAGCCUCCCCAUAAUCCCCGCUGCGCUCUUCCCCAAGGCGCUGCCGGGCGAGAUGCCGCAAGGCGAGUCCAUGGAUGACAAACAGGUCAGACUCGGCAAGCUGUACUGGGAUCUCGUCAAGCGCCCGACCUAUAAGGAGUAUGUCGGCGAGGUGGUCGAUAGGAGCGGCCCUAGGGGCAGCAUCUCGAGCAGGGUCGUCGUCGAUGCCGAAGGGAUCGAGCGCUUCGGCGACAGGGGCCCCAGGGGGCUCCGAUACAGCGACCAAGCCUAUAUGCCACCACCGUCGGGAAGCUGCCCACCUCCCGGCGUGAGCAGAAACCAAAUGCGGAGACCGGCGUCGCCAAGGCGCGGGACGCCGCAGGAUCUGCUACCUUCGUUCGAGCCGUGCUGCGGAUGUCCCGGGUGCGCCUGGGAGUCCACCUCGUCGGUCGGGAAGCCCGGAAAGUUUUCCGGCUUCGAGGACCUGGACCCCGUUUCGGACGCGCCGCCGCAGAGCGACCUCUAUUAUCUGGCUCUGCAAAAGGACGUCCCUGCCUUCAUCCUGGCGGAACGACGAUGGGGCCAUGUCCGCGUAGAGCAUCUGACAGACGUCAAGCCCGACCGCGAGGCUUUCAAACAUCUCGUAGUAGACAAGGAGGUCAAGCAGACCGUCAGGACCCUGAUCAGCAGGUUUGUCAACGACGGCGGCGUACUGAGCCCCUGGUCUCGAGACCCGGUCAAGAACAAGGCCGAAGUGCGCAUCUUUCUGCUAUCUGGACCCCCUGACGUUGGAGAGACUUCCACUUGUGAAGCGGCUGCCGAGAUCACCCAACGCCCUCUGCUGUGUCUGAAGAACGGCGACCUCGGACCUCUCAUCGCUGACUCCAUCAGCCAGAACCUUGACCACUUCCUGCAGCUAGGUGAGCGCUACGGCGCCUUGGUCCUUCUCGAAGAAGCAGAUGAGUACUUGGAGAGUUACCAAAGGGGCAACAUAUCCUACAACAUCCGGCCCAUCUUUUUGCGCGCGUUCGAGUACUACAAGGGCGUGCUGUUCCUGACGGCGAACAGCUUGUCCGGUUUGGGCAGCGCCCCGACCGCGGCGCUGCACUACCGCUCCCUCACCGACGCCGAACGCGUCGCCAUCUGGGAGAUGUCGUUUGACCAGCUCGAGCGCGACUCGGGCUCCCGCGUGCACGUCUCAGUCGCGGCGCGCGAGUUCGCCAGCGGGUCCCGCGAGAUCCUGGCGCUGUACCUAAACAGCCGCCAGAUCAAGAACGUGCUCCAGGUCGCCGUCGCCCUGGCCGAGGGCGAGGCUGCCGAGGCCGGCGGCGGCGGGGAGCGGGCGGCGGCGGCGGCCCGCGUCGUCGUGUCGGACCGCCACAUACGGUCUGCUCGUCUGUUGUCAAGAUGAACCAGGGGUUCAAGGGCUUCACCAAGAGCCGCAAGGCCAAGGUACUGUUAUGAUCUGUUUCAUGAUAAGAAGUGUUCCUACGAGGUCCUAGCCAAGAAGAAAGGCCAAGCCUGUAUUGUGCUUCUGAUGACAACAAAUGUUUGGAAUAUCAAAACUCCCUCGGCCGUAAAACGCCAACCAAUCAUGCCAAGGCGUGAAAGAGGAGGGUUGACAAAUGGUCCAUCAAUGCCUCUCGCCGUGUCCAAAAAGUAUAAUGCACACAAAAACUCCCAUACUCAUUCCCCUCGACCGGGCAACCGAGGAUGAUGUGAUGAUGAAAAUAAG